AUCGAAAGAAAGGUGUUUUGUCUUCGUUACGUUGCGUCCCUUAGCAACACGAAUAUGUAUUGAUCAAAUAACACACAGGAAGAGCAGUUUAGCUUUAGAUACUAAGAAGAAAUGUUGUCUCGCAGAGAUAAACUGUUGAUACAACCGUGGGAAGAUCGCCGCUACAAGGAUCACCGAUUGAAGGUGAAGUCGGCGUUGCCGGAGAUAGACAGUAGGGCGCCGUGUGCGCGGCCGCACGUCGCGCGCAAGCUGCGCCGCGAGCGCUGCGAGGCGGAGCGGAGCGCGCGCGUCGUGCGCGACAACUUCACGCUGCUGCAGCGGCUCGCCGUCGUCAUGGCAACCACCCGCCUCGACAACCGCUGGCACAAACCGCCGCCCAACUUUCAGAACAAAGUGGGGCGGUACCACGAGGUGUCGGGGGCGCGGGGGGCGCGGCGUGCAGGCGCGCGGGGCUCGCAGGCCUCCGCCGACACAUCGCAGCUCUCCUACAGCAACGCGAGGUGCUACGCGUGCGAACACAAGAAAGUAGCCAGCGAUUCUGCGAGCAAACUGGAAGAUCCCGUCGCAACCGACUACGACGUCCUUCCCUUUCUAUACCCCAAAGCUUAACUGACUCGCAUCAUAA